UCAAGGUUUGAUAUUUGAAAUUUAUACUUUUUGGGGGGAACAUUUUCAAACCGUGGAUGCUUGAAUCCAUGUAUAAAAAAUCUGUGUAUAAGAAGGGCUGUGUGUGUGUGUGUAUGAAAUGGUUGAUUGCUAAUACGUAUUGGGAUAAUUGUAUUCUAAUUAAACCAGUAACUUUUCAAUAAAAAAAUAAAAACAGUACACGCAAUAACUCAAUAAAUAUGUCCAAUAACUAUGGUACAUUCAUUUUAAUUUGAAUGGACCUUGUAACACUGUGAUGUGCUGACUAUGAAAAAGGUUUUUUUUGUCAGUUUAGUUUAGAUGCUUUGUUUGUUACAGAGCCACUUGUGACUGUAAAUGUUUUCAAAGGUGGUAGUCAUUUUUGUAAGAUGGCAAUUCAGUGGCCGUGAGCUGUAUGUGGUUGUCACAAAUAAGACAGCACUGUACAAGCAUUACAGUGUAGAUACCACAUUGAUACCGUGUGUUCAUAAACCGUGAUGUAUAUAUUUGAGGCAUGCUGACCUGAAAAUAAGUCCCACUUGGGACCUGCUCCCAAGAUCGUAAACAAAGGUGCAUCUUUACAAGUGGCUACUCAGAAGAAAGCCCUGCCAUUUUCAGUGGGACUUUUUCUGAGGAAAGCAUGUACAGCUUUCAAGGUGAGGUCUUAUUUGCAAAUCUAAAAGUAUACAGGGCUCAUAGGAUUGAAAUGCACGCUUUGAAAUUGGCACCUCAUGACUAAAGGCGGCUUACGUAAAAAUAUGUGUGUAUAUGACAUUGCCACCCAAAGUUGCAAAGGGAUGUGCAUUUAUCAGAGAGGAAGUGUCACUGAGUUCCAUGGGGGUGACUUUGGGUAAAUAUUAGUUGGAUUGGGCCUUGUGUCUUGGAAUCCAUGUUCCACCCAUUUUGAUCUUCAUUAAAAGCAGAUUUGUGUAUAGUGUGAUUUGAGAACACUGGCUGGGCAGGUUUAAGGUACAGAGAGAAUAUGUGACAGGUGCCCAAGAAUAGAAAGAAAAAUUGUGAACAAGCUAGGAUGAAGUCCCCAUAUCUGUCUUUCAUUAACCCACCCACCUACUUUCUCUUCAGAAAGCCUUCAAAGUUGCAGGUUUGUAGUCUGCAUUUGAAUAUGCAUGUGUGAGGGAUGGAUGGCUGUGUGCAUACGUAUGAGAACUUGUCAUUUGUGAAGUUUAAUGUCAUCUAGUAGGUUAAUGGAGGGUAUGUAUAACACAGAGGUUGAACUAUCAGAUUAAAAAUAGAGAAUGAUGUUUAGUGCUUGCCUCCUUUGCACUCACUAGCCUGGUGAGUUGUAAAAUUCAUCUUGUUGCAUUUAAAUGGAUUAGCAUGUAGCCACAUGCUUAUUUUUUAGCAUCUUUGCUUUGCGUUUGUCUUACAAAAUCUACAGCCAAGUUAUUUCACGGGUUACAUCCUUCAAGGCCUCUUCCAUCACAUAUUUUGCUUACUUUUUCCAGUGCUCACUUCUAACAGAUAAAAAGUCCCUAGUUAGAACUCCAAAGCAUUUGAGACCUAAUAUUUAAAGGAUUUGAACACCCUUUAAGGAUUCAAAAACAACAUGUAAUUCAUACCUCUCAGCCAAGUUGUAUUAUAUUACAUACAACAUACUUGAAACACUUCAUUAAUCUGUGACUUACUGAUUUCUAAAUUAAAAGGUGGCCUCUUUUUUUAACCACUAGAUUUUGCUUAAAUCAGCUAAAAAAUAAAUGGGCAACUUUCAUAUUGCCAGUCUUAGAUACUGGUUAUUUCUGUUGCACUUUUUGAGUUUUUUGAAGAUGGAUACCUUAACAGUGUUCCAUUACAAGCUGUUAGGGUAAUUUCUUAGAGGAUUUUCUUAGGGGCCAUUUGAUUCCAUAUUCUCAUUGGAGGCUCCAUACCUUUUGUGGCAGUGAAAGAACUAAGAAAGUCUGGGAUGAACUUACCUGUGAAAUGACUUAAUUUUGCAAGUAUUGGAUUUUGCUAGUAUGCCACCACUCAUGACAGCGAGUGUGGGUUUGAAUCCCUGCUCAGCCAUGGAAACCCCCUGGGUGAUCUUGAGCAGGUCACACCCUCUCAGCCUCAGAGGAAGGAAAGGGCAAACCCCCACUGAACAAAUUCUGUCAAGAAAACCCAGUGACCUUAGGGGUCACCAUAAGUUGGAAACAGCUUGAAGGAACCCUACUACAACAAGCCACCAAUUACCAAUUACCUUGGCACAAUUGUACAUUGAUUUCCUGGGAAUCUCCAGCAUGGGUCCAUAUAAAGAAGAGAUCUCAUUUUAAAAACUCCACUUCUGAUUAUUGAAAAGUCUUGUCCUCCUGGUCCAUCAGAUGAAUUCAGUUCUGCCAUACAAUCUCAUAUAAAUUAAUUCUGCCCCAGUUGGUACAUGUAGUGAGAGUCAGAUGCUCUUUUCAUUUUUUAUUUGUCUAUGAUGAUUGUGGCCAACCCCUUCUUCUUCGUUUGAAUUCAGUCAGGGUCCCAGGAUUCUUGAGCUGUGCCCAGCUGACAAGCUUUUGAAGAUGGCACAAUAACAGUUCAGUGAUGCCUGACCAUGACAGCACAGCCCUCUUAAGCAGGCAGACCAAGAGAAGAAGAGUUGACAUUGGAGUGAAAAGGACGGUAGGGACAGCAUCUGCAUUUUUUGCAAAGGCGAGAGCGUCGUUUUUUAGUGCCAUGAAUUCCCAAGGUUCAGAGCAGGAUGUUGAGUAUUCAGUGGUGCAGCAUGCAGAUGGGGAGAAGUCAAAUGUGCUCCGCAAGCUGCUGAAGAGGGCGAACUCGUAUGAAGAUGCCAUGAUGCCUUUUCCAGGAGCAACCAUAAUUUCCCAGCUGUUGAAAAAUAACAUGAACAAAAAUGGUGGCACUGAGCCCAGUUUUCAAGCCAGUGGCCUCUCCAGCACAGGCUCAGAAGUACAUCAGGAGGAUGUGUGCAGCAACUCUUCAAGAGACAGCCCCCAAGAGUGUCUUUCCCCUUUUGGCAGGCCUACGAUGAGCCAGUUUGAUAUGGAUCGGUUAUGCGAUGAGCACCUGAGAGCUAAGCGUGCCCGGGUUGAAAAUAUCAUUCGGGGGAUGAGCCAUUCCCCAAGCGUCGCAUUAAGGGGCAAUGAAAAUGAAAGAGAGAUGGCUCCACAGUCUGUGAGCCCCCGAGAAAGUUACCGAGAAAAUAAACGCAAGCAAAAGCUGCCUCAACAGCAGCAGCAGAGUUUCCAGCAGCUGGUUUCAGCAAGGAAAGAACAGAAGCGAGAGGAGCGCAGACAGCUGAAACAGCAGCUGGAGGACAUGCAGAAACAGCUGCGCCAGCUGCAGGAAAAGUUCUACCAAAUCUAUGACAGCACAGAUUCUGAAAAUGAUGAAGAUGCUGGUAACCUGUCUGAAGAUAGCCUGCGUUCAGAAAUGCUAGAUGGCAGAGCAAGGGAUUCCGUGGGCAGGUCAGAUAAUGAAAUGUGUGAAUUGGACCCGGGGCAAUUCAUUGACCGUGCACGUGCCCUGAUCAGGGAACAAGAGAUUGCUGAAAACAAACCCAGGAAGGAAGGCCCCAAAGAGAAAGACCAUGGGCCACACUCUUUCCAUCCAGAAGGCAAACACCUAGCUGAGACACUGAAGCAGGAACUGAACACUGCCAUGACUCAAGUUGUGGACACUGUGGUCAAGAUUUUCUCUUCUAAACCUGCCCGCCAACUUCCUCAGGUCUUCCCGCCACUUCAGAUCCCCCAAGCAAGAUUUGCUGUGAAUGGGGAGAACCACAACUUCCACACAGCCAACCAGCGCCUCCAGUGCUUUGGUGAUGUCAUCAUUCCAAACCCACUAGACACCUUUGGCAAUGUGCCACUGCCUAAUUCCACAGACCAAACAGAAGCACUGCCCCUAGUUGUCCGCAAAAAUUCAUCUGACCCGUCUGCCUCUGGCCCUCCUCCUGGCAGCCACCACCCUGCUCUCCACCAAUCUCCACUAUCUGCUACCACAGGUUUCACUUCAUCUUCUUUCCGCCAUCCUUUUCCACUACCCCUUAUGGCAUACCCAUUUCAGAAUCCACUAGGUGCUCCUUCAGCUGCCUUUCCAGGGAAAGACAGAGCUUCCCCAGAAUCCUUAGAUCUAACAAGGGAGACCACAAGUCUGAGGACCAAGAUGUCAUCACACCACAUGAACCAUCACCCUUGUUCACCAGCGCACCCACCCAACACAGCUGAAAGCCUCUCUAUAUCUCUCAUCAAGUCUGAGUGUGGUGACCUACAAGAUAUUUCUGAAAUCUCACCGUACUCGGGGAGUGCAAUGCAGGAAGGUCUGUCGCCUAACCACUUGAAAAAGGCUAAACUCAUGUUCUUUUAUACCCGGUACCCAAGUUCCAAUAUGCUGAAAACAUACUUCUCAGAUGUAAAGCAUCAUUCAUCCAGAAGAAGCCCAAAGUGCUUUUCAAACAGCCAAUAUAGGGACCAUUCACCCACCACUGAAAGGCAGCCACUUCCGUGGUGGAAGGCAACAGCCAUUCGGGGUCAGCAACAUCACACACCAGUAGAUUUCAACAGAUGCAUUACCUCUCAACUCAUCAAGUGGUUUAGCAAUUUCCGUGAGUUCUACUACAUUCAGAUGGAGAAGUAUGCACGCCAAGCCAUCAACGAUGGUGUAACAAGCACUGAAGAGCUGUCUAUAACCAGAGACUGUGAGCUCUACAGGGCCCUCAACAUGCACUAUAAUAAAGCAAAUGACUUUGAGCAGGUUCCAGAGAGAUUCCUGGAAGUGGCUCAGAUCACAUUACGAGAGUUUUUCAAUGCCAUUAUCGCAGGCAAAGAUGUUGAUCCUUCCUGGAAGAAGGCCAUAUACAAGGUCAUCUGUAAGCUGGACAGUGAAGUUCCUGAGAUUUUCAAAUCCCCAAACUGCCUCCAAGAGCUUCUCCAUGAGUAGACAUUUCAACCACUAUUUAUGAAUGUAUAAAAAAGUAGCAGACCCUCUUUUUUGAUGCCCAAGUUUUGUGUGUGUGUGUGUGUAUUCUUUUCAUAUACAUAUGUAAUAUAUGUAUAUGAAAUCAGAUCAUAACCCCUUGUGAUUUUUUUCUUACUUAGAUCAGUAAACAAUGGAUAAUUAUUUAACUCCUUUGAUUUACUUUUGUCCUUGACUUUGAACUUUUCAAAAGGAAAAAAUGGGUUAUUUCACCCCAAGCCCAUCCCUACAUCUCUGGGAGAAGAAUUGUUUUUAGUGUGUACAAGCCUAUUUUAGCUAGUUUAGGACCUUUUUGUUCUAGCAUUACCAUUCUACAGACCAUGACUUCCAAACUCUUCUUUCAAGCACAGAUGCCCCUUCUAGUUAGUUGAAGAAAAUCAUAAUCCACACUUGUCUUCAAGCUUUUUUGUUUGUUUGUUUUACCUUUUCAAGACCACGUGUAUGAUUGGAAUAUAUUCCUUUCCAGUGUCUAAUAUGCUCCUGCAAUGCUAUGAGCUAUAUGCUCUAUCUCAGUGGAUCCUAGGAACCACUGUCUCCCCAUUUUGGAAAGGUUGGGAAAGAAGUAGAGGGAUCUCCUAGGAACCACUGCAGGCUUGAAAUGGAUCCAGACUAGGAGAAUUCUGGAGAAGUCUUGAUCCAUUCCAAAACAGAUCAAGGAAGUAAAGUUAGAAGCCCGAGAUCUAGUGCUGGGAUGCCCUUUUUGAGUUCACCACACCACUAUUUACCUUCCUCCUGCCCUGUACUUUCAAGCAAAGAAUAUUACAUGAAAUAAUAUUAAUUCAUUUAGGCUGUUUUUGUGGGACACGACUUAAUCUCUUUCUGCAGACUGCCUGUUUUCUUAGGGGGGGAUGGAUAGGUGAACUGAUUCUCUUUGAAGACUUAAGGAGUAGCAGUCUGCACUUUUAAUUCAUUGCAGGACUUCACUGUAAUUUUUAAUAGCAACAAAAAUAUCAGUUUUCCCAAACCAGAACUGGAUAUCCAGCAACUUCCAGUUUUUGGGGGGGGGAGGUAUUUUGGCAGCCUGUGCAGCCCUUGGAGCAUGCCAGGACUAGAAAACUAGCCCCUGUGACAGCCACAGCCCUCUUUCUUUAUAAAUGUAAUCAUCCAUUUUUAAGUCCCAAUAAUUUACCGGUAAAUCAUUUGGUAAAUCUCUCCAUAGAAAUCAAUGGAACCUUAAGUCUGUAGUCCGAUGUACACAUUUGUGGGUUUAUUCCCAUUGAAUUCAAUAGUAGCUGACCAUUGAACUCAUCUGCUUAAUGCUGAAAUUUGGCAGGAUUGUGUCCUUACAAUUGAUCACCUUGAAUGGUCAAAUUUGGAGCCAUGUUCCAAAUGGCAUUUUUAUCAAAAUAUAUUCUUCUCUCUCCCAGACCCCCACCCACAAGUACUUAAGUGGUGUAUAUAUUUAUAUAUUUCAUAUUUUUACCUGGGGAAAAAUGUGUUUUGAAUUUAUCUUUACAUUUGAGUAACACUGUAAGAUACCUUUGAUUUAUUUUUAAAUUACUGAGGCAAAAAAAUAAAAAAUAAUAAAAAAAUAACAUCAUCUCAACGUACAAGAAAACCUUAUGGAUAAUAGAAACUGAAUAGACAUUUUAUUUAAAAAAACAUUGUUUAAAAGACUGAAUUAGGCACAAUAUAGAAAGAGAGCACAACUGUGGAGAAAACUGGGCAUACCGGGUUCAUUGCAUCCAAUGGAAUGCAAGUGGUUAACUGUGUUUGCUAUCUUACUGGGACUUAAGCAUGCUUAACUAGCUCUGGAUUAUGCCUAUAAAUCAUGCAGAAACUUCAUCCCUGUCCCAUUGGCUAGGAAAGCAGAAGCUAGCCAUUUUUAUUAUUUCCUCAAAUAUGAGUGAUUCAUUAACAAUGAAUGAAACUGAUUAAGCAACUUUUCUUCUAAAACAAGAGUUAGCAGCAAACAAAAUAUGAGAGUAAUACAUAAAAGAAUGGGGUUUAUCCAUUUUUUAAAAAAAAUUCAUCUCAAGAUAGCUUUCAUAAUUACUUUGUGAAUAAAACCACUGAAAUUAACCGAGUCCUGAUCAAAACAUGAUUUUUAAAGUUCUCGGGGUCAAAAUUAGUAUAAUACUGGGCAUUCAGAUGCCUCUGAAAGGGGCAGCGAUGGAAAUAGUUCUGUGCCACACCAUAAAGUCUGCUAGAACUAAGCAUUGCGAACCUGGUGAACAGUGUUUCCUUACCAGUGGUCAAUGGCAUGGGUCCAGAAAGUGCAAAUUGUCACACAAUUGAAAUAUUGGGGGGGGGGUUGUGUGUGAUGGUUACAUGAGUAAUAUGCAUGACUGCCAUUUUCAGCAAUGAGUGGGCAUUUAGCACAUAGAGACAUUUCUAAUUUUUGACAUUUACAGAAAUAGAAUGCAUGUUAAUGCAGUCCAAGAUGAAAUCUCUCCUCAAGCUGACCAAAAUCAAGUUUACUUUACAGUGCAAAAUAGUAAUAAGACUUGUAUGAAUACAUCUGAAGUGAGUUGACACAAUAAUCUACCAGACUGGGCACUUGUUGCUAGUUUGUAUGCUUUUCCCCCCAGUGGUUUCCUUUUUCUUUUCUUUUUCUUUUUGCAAAAGUGUAGUGUCUAAUAGUGUUUUCUGAUAUGCUAUGGCACUAUGUAUUAGUUUUCUCUGUUGUCUUUUGUACAGAUGCAGUAAGAAUUUAUUGUUAACUGGGCUAGCAUUUUACAUUAUUUGACCCUUUCCUUUGGCAAUUUAAUACAGGGAUGAUACUAAUUAGACAAUGCAUUUGCUUUACAAUUAAGCAGGGUUGUUGUGGAGUUUUUUUUAAGGCUAUUCCCUCCUUUUUUCUCUUCUUGGAACUUGAUUUUUUUUUAAUAUAAAAAAGACAAAAUGUAUUUUGACUUUAGAGAGUGAAAGUUUACCCCAGAUGGCAUUUCUAUAAAACUAAAAGCUAACCUAGAAAUUGCAGUGAUGCUUUGUGUACAAAUACUGCAUGAGAGAUGGUUGAAGGUAGUUAUUGUCAUGAAAAGCCUUAACAUCUGAUGAUUUCUUUAAAAAAAUACACUAGGGCAGCCAGAGUACAAUUCAGUGACCCUUUUCCACAUGCCAAAAUAAGUUUUCUACAGGCCUGGUAGGAAUUUUCUUGUUGCAAGACCUUUGCUCAAGAAAGUAAGCAAGACACAUCUAGAAAAUAUACACUGUAUACAAAAAUCAAUGGGUAUUUUCAUACUGUAGUUUAAAACACAUUGUUGAUCAACCACAUUUUCUUAACCCAGGAACAAGUAUCAGGCCUGCAUCCUCUCACCUUGUCCUGCAUCCUCAACACCUUGUGUGUUGAGUCUUCACACUUCACUUUGAGGCUAUUCAAGCUACAACUCCCUGUUAUACCUGAAACAGAGAGCUGUGGUUUAAUGGCUGUUUACUAUCUUAAAACUCAGUUUGAUCUUACUUUCAAGUUCUUAUUUACUAAAUCAACAUUAGAUCAGGGUUUCAUCUUUCAGAGGUAAAUUAUAGUUUAAACAGACCAUGAUCAAAGCUCCAUAGCUAGUACACAAAAAAAAGAAAGGUAUCAGGAAAAUGUGCAGUUCCAAAAUUCAUUCCCAGAUUGGUAAAACAAGGUUUAUUAACUUUAUUGUGCAUAAGCUUUUUUAAAAAAAAAAUCUCUUGCUUAUAGCUCUUUGGGUUGUAGUCCAUCAUUUUUUUAUUAUUGUUAUUUUUACAUAGGCUGUGUCUGUGCAGCAUAGACAGUAGCAUGAGAUAAAAGGUCACCUUCUUUCCUUCCUUCCUUUUUCUUUUUUGCAGCAGACAUUGUACUCAAAGCAAGCCAUAUUAAUGAAUUUCUUCUGAAGUACCUUAGUACAAUUUUUGCAUCCAUUCAGUUUGUAUUUGAUGUCCAUAACAUUUCCCAAUGUAGGGUUUUGCUGAGGAUCUGUGCUCUUUAAUCACUCACAUUCCCUUGAUUAAAUUGCUUUUCCCUGUUCCUUUCACUGUUACUCUAAAUCCACAACUAGGAUAUAAAACAGAGGUACUGUUGUGCCAAAAUAACGACAAUAUUUCCAAACUUCUAUACUAGCAAGUACUUCAUCAAGGAAGUACUUCUUUUUCUGUUCUAUCAUGACUGCAUGGAAUUUCUCAAAAUAUCCUUUCCUUGUGUAGCAGUUCCAGUUUGAAAACAGGAUUAAAAAUUUGGUUUAGGUCUUCGUUUCUUCUUAUCACAGGAGAACAUUUCAGUCCUCAUUUAAACUGAAGUAUUCAGGAUAUGGGCAGGAAAUAUCCAAGAACUAUACUUUCCCAAUAUAUAGGUAUCUUCCAUUAAGUAACAGCAGAUAGUAAACAAUUUUCAAAAUGAGAUACACUUCUAUGGCAUUUGCUUAUGUACAAAGGCUACUAUUUCAUUAUUGUCACCUUGGACAUUAAAAAAGCCAUACUGCACCUGUAAUUUGCCGGCCAUGCUUGUUACAAGUGCAUAGAUUCUUACCAAGGAAGACAUAGUCCUGAGUUCUUUGCCAUGAAAUGUUUUGUACAGAUUGGACACAUUUUGGUGGUCAAGAUUGUACCACUGUGUCACCUGCCCUUUAUCAUCACAUUAUGAAUUGCGAGGAUACCAUUUAUUGGAAAUAUGAGGCUGUAUGUGACAUAGCUGGCUCUGUCAUACACCCACUAAUGGUAGGUUGCUGUGUAUGUGAGCUGUACCUAUCCUGGCUGUUUCAGGAAAAUUAUACACUAUAAAUGGAAACUAGUUGUAAAACCAAAAUUGUAAUAGGGCUAAUUUUUCCUCUCCAAAUUACAGUUACAUGCCUCUUAAAAGCCUGCUCUGGAGGUUUUCUUAUUCCUCUGGAGCAGAGAUGGGGUAUGCAUGGGGAUGGGCCUCCUUGAUUGAUGGAAGUUCUAUAAGGAGAACAGCGCUGUUGGGAUUGGGACAUUUUCAGGCUACAGAAUUAUAGUACUGUGAUUCCACUUUAACUGCCAUGGUUCUGCCCUUUGGAUUCCUGGGAUUUGCAAUUUAGGGAGGGCAUUUAGAAUUCUCAACCAGAACUCUCUAGAGUGUCACCAAAAUACAGAACCCAGGAUUUCACUGAAUGAAACUGUGGGACUUAAAAUGGAAUAAUAGCUCUAUUGUUGUGAGGUGUAAAUGGGCCCCGGCUGUAGUAAUGUCCUCUCUUCCAGAAAUAUUGGACAUUGUAUAGUCAGGCCUUCAUAUCCAUUGGGGAUCUAUUCCAGACCACAUCGCCCCUGCAGAUAUGAAAAAAUGCUGGACCUCAAGUCCUGUUGUCCCUCAUGGCAGUGCAAAGAACAUACAGCUGUUAGCAUAGUUGCAUGCACAGGCUGCCAUUUGGAACGACAAGGGGCUUGCCAUCCACGGAUGCUCAAAUCCACAGAUGGCAAGCCUGUGGAUGGUGAGGCCCCACUGUAAUUAAUAUGAGGAAGAUCUCUAAAAAUGGUUUUCUAACUUUGUGAGGAAAUGUGAUGGUCAAACCAGUAACACCUUGCAAUACAGAAGUGUCUCCUUCCACUAAGUUCAGCACAGCAACCACUUAGUUGAUGCUGUAUCCAACAGUGUCGUCAUGCUGAAGCAAGCAGAACACUGAGCAGCCCCAGAAAUAAGAAUACUCGCUCACCCCUCCAAGCAUUUUUUUCUCUCAGCAAAACUUUACAUAGGAUUGGGUCAUUAAAGACAGGCGGCUGCUUUUAUUGUACUAAGAAAAGUUUAUAUAAGGAAGUAGGGUUUUUUUAAAGUUAAAAUCACAUAUGCACAUUUACAUCCUCCUAAUUCAUAUACACUUUUCCUGCAUAGAAACUGGAGGUUAGUGUGUGUGCCUAGACCUCAAAUGCACCAGCGGAAGGAUUAAGUAAAACGAAUCCUUCAAAUUCCCAGUUUUUUCCCCCUUAAUAAGUACAGUUGUUCGUGUGCCUUCUGUGGCUUACAAUUUUUGUCUUUUUGAACCUUUCUGCAACUCCCAGUUACUACAGCUGCAAUAAACACUAAAUUAUUUUUCCUUCCUUGACCCCCUUUUCCACAGCUGUUUGACAUAAUGUUGAUAGCUAUGCAUAUUUUUGUGUCUUUUUGAAGAAAAAAAAUAUUUAAAAAAAUCAAACAAACAAAAGCAGGAGAAUAAGUUUUUGAAGAAAAGAAUUUUUAGAACAGUUUGAUAAUGCAAAUUAUUUUUUUUCUCAGUCGUUUGAGCAGCGUUCAAUUUUGAAAAUUUCUUGUAGAAGCCAAGUUUUUGUAACAGUGGUGCAGAUCUUGUGUUUUCUUAGCCUAAUGAAAAGUAGUAUAGAAGCAAUAUUUCAUACGUAUUAUACAUAUGUGUAUACAUAUACAUACAUAUAUACCCACAUAUACACAUGAUAAUAUAUAGAUAUAUAUAUGUAUAUAUACUGAUACACACACAAUAUGCGUGUGAAGUGAAAAGCUUACAAUUUUCCAAUGUAGAUUAAGAACCUAUUUUAAACAUUUGUUAUGUUUUGUGAGAUGAAUGUUCUAUUUGAAACUAUGAAACAUUUAAUUCUUACUGUAUCUCUGGUUGUGUAAUGGGAACGCUUCACAUUUAAUGGUUUUUAAAAAGUGGAAGAUAUUAGAAUGUAGUAAUUAUUUAAGGAAGUGUUCGCCCAUAUAUUCCUGAGGUUUGCUUUUGUGCCUCUGAGUAUUAUUUAAUUUAAAGUGUUUUAAGUUUGCAGAAUCAUUGUUACUGUACCAGGUAUGUGGGUGAACAUCUAUAGCGAGGGGAACUUUUAUAAAGCAAUGUAUAUAUUCAGCUUGAUGGCUCUUCUUGAAUAAAAGGCAUAUGAUUUUAAUAACUACAUUCAGCGAACAUCUGCUAAAUUUAUAAGAAACGCUGCAGUUAACUGUGUAGAUAGUUGAAAGCAUUCUUUAAAACCCAGCUCAGUACUUUUAAAAGAGAGAUCUCAUCAUGUGUCCAGGACAUGAACAAUCUAGUUUCUGUAAAGUUAUAGAAUUUUUUUCCCCCUGUAUGCACAAAGUAAUUUAUUGGCAAAGGGUUUUUUCCUGCCCACAGGUUAAUAUUAAUUAAGAAAUAAAAGUGAAGAUUUUUUGUGGCUUUAAAUAUAGGACUUUCACCAGCAAAACUGAAAGAUAUAAAUAAAUAUAUAUAUAUCUAUAAAUAUAUAUAUAUAAAUAUAAAUAUAUAUAAAAGAAGUGGUUUGCUAACCCCCUCAAAUGAGCAUUGUACAUGAGAAGUAAUCAAAAAUGGGGGGAAAUCCUCUAUUUGUCACGUGUAUUAUAUGGUAAUUAUUGGUGUUUUAGUGCAAAGACUUUUUUUUGGGUAUCUAUUCUGUGUUUGGAAGUUUUAAUAAGCAUUGUUUUCAAAAAGCUCCCCUUAAAGAAUGUAACUGAUUUAUAUGAGUAAGCAGUUACUGUAUUGCACUUAAAUGUUCUUUUGAAGGAAAUGCAAUUUUGUUUUCUGUAGAACUGUUGGUUGUAAACCAUUGAAAAUUGCGCAUAUAUUGAGCUGGGAUAAGAACUGGUUUUAACCUUUGCAUCUUCUUAGGGAUAGCUCUAAUGCAAAAUGGCAACUUUAGCCAUCCCUGUGAUUCGAGAAUGUCAUUUAUUUUCUGUGUUCAGCUAGUCACCAUCAGAAAUACUAAAAUAUACAAGAAAUCUGUGGUUGGAUCCAGAUAAGACCUCCAGCUUAAAUUCUACCCCAAACUAUUGAAGGCAGAUUUACUUAAGAAAUCAAUUUUAUACUGCAGGAUUUUUUAAAAAGCCAAACACAUGCAUAUUCUUUUAGGGAAAUAUAUUCUAACCAUAUAAAUCUCAGUUCAAAAGUUAGAGAAAAAACUUAUUUAACAGUUACAUUUUAACCAGAAGAGUCAAAGGGUAAGGUAUAAAACUGCUAUUGUCCCAGCUGCUUCUCAUAUGUAUAUAGUUACAAAAGUGACAAAACACUGCCUUUAUAUUAUUUAGCAAUAUGUUGUAAAUAGCAUUAUUAAACUUUUUUGUAAUAAAACCCUUUAAUUUGAAGUUAGUACAAUAACGGAAUUAAUAAAGUCCAUUUUUGAUUUUUUUUAAUUUUAUUUUUUAGUUAGAGGCAAUUUCAACUGUGGAUUUUUUGUUGUUGUCUAUUGUUCUGAAGACUUUGCAUAAUUUAUUGGUUUAAUUUAUCCUAAUUUAUUUGAUGGUGUACAAUUUUGUAUUGCCAAGGAUGUACUGUAAUAUUAAUUGAUGAUGUGAUAAAACAUGAAGACUCCCCUGUCUGUAUGGAGGGAAAAAAGGUGCAGUAGACAAUUGAUUGGGAAAACAAGUUACAAUUCUAGCUUGGCAGCUACUAAAUUGAAAAAGAAAUCAGGAAAAAUGGUUUUGGGGAGGGUGGGGUGGGAAGGGAGGGAAUCUUAUUUUGUGUGUUUUAAACUUUUGUAUACUCUCCAGACCUUUACCUUUUUGCUUUGUACCACUUAAAGGAUACAGUAGUUCAAUUGCCUUGUGUGCCUUCCAUCUUCUCUAAACUGAAUGUAUGUGCAGUAUAUAUGCAAGCUUGUGCAAAAUAAAAUAUAAAUUACAAGCUCA